UUUUCAAUGCCUGUGUUGUGUUUAUAAUCCAGGGACCACCUGUGUUUUUAUCCUCCGCCUCCCUCAUCUCAUUAUUUUCGAUUUUAAAUUCCCGCUUGGAGCAGAAAAUUCGACGUAAGCAAGAAGUUAGAAAUUGAUAAGAAUUAUCAACUUUUAGUUUCAUUUUAUUUCUCAUUGACCCUGCUUUCUAUAUUCUUACUAUGAUCGAAGCUGUUUUGAUAUUUAAUCUUCAUGGGACUCCAAGACUGUCAAAAUUUUAUCGACAUUACCCUGAACAAAAGCAGCAACAAAUUAUAAAACAGGUCUAUCAGAUUGUUUCUAGAAGAGGUGACUCAGUAUGCAAUUUUAUUGAAGGUGGAGACAAUAUAUUGGGAGAUAAAAGCUUGAAAAUUAUUUAUCGACACUAUGCUACUUUAUACAUUGUGUUCUGUGUUGACUCUUCAGAGAGUGAACUUGCCAUAUUAGAUCUGAUUCAGGUUUUUGUUGAAAUUUUAGAUAAAUGCUUUAGGAAUGUUUGUGAAUUGGAUCUUAUUUUCCAUGUUGAUAAAGUGCAUUAUGUAUUAAACGAAAUAAUCAUUGGUGGAUUAGUCAUAGAAAAUUCAAUACCUAACAUAUUACUAGCAUUAGAGGAACAAAAAAAAUUAGAAAAGAAUGAGAUUCCUGUAUUCUACCAUGAGUCUCAUUGAGAGGUUGCUGUGCCGUAUUUUCUACCUUGAUAUCUCAUUAUUUUCGUAUCUUGUAUACAUUUUAUAAUCUAUUAAUUUAAUCAAAUAUAUUUUUAUAUGCUUUCAGAUAACUGUUUUUUAAAAAUGAAAUUGCAAAAUAAUUUUCUGUUUAUAUGCAAAUAUGAGUUGAAUAUACAAAAUUCAAUUUUUGGAACUUUUAAAAUAACUAUUAUGAAUAUGUCGAAGAAAGAUUACUGCUGUCGGCUGAACUUCGUCGCUCCUGAUCUGGUGGCUGUUACUUUUUAUUGUCUCAUUGGUAGUGAUUUAUUCAUGAGUCAAAAAAUAUUUGACAGAAUUCCGAAAUUCGUUGUAUGUUUCAUAUGAUUAGUCACAUUUUAAAAUAAGGAAUUAAAGUUCUUAUGCUUAUGAAAUGGCAUUCAAAAAUAUAAUUUAAAAUUCAAAUGAUGAAAUGAACUUAAAAUUAGUUAUCAAAGAUAAUUCAAUUGUAGCUUUAAAAUGUUUUUCUUUCAGUCUACAUUUUAAAAAUUAGUUAUGAUUUUUAUUAUACAAAACACCUUGCAAUUUCUCAGUAACUAGUUUUUUUUUUAAUUUGGUAGUUAUAUCAUUCUUACUUUAAACUUAUUCACUCUCAUUUAUUUUAGUAGCAUUGUAAGUAGUUUUUUUACUGUCUAGCAAAUUUAAGUUUCACACUGAUAAAAAUAGUUUAUGAAUUAAUCAGUUAUAAUUGGCUGUUACCAAAAACUUCAUUUUAAAUAAUGAAAUCAUUUAUAAUUAUGUUCAUACUUUUCAAAAAUUAAUAUGCUCUUUUGUGUAAUUUCAUUCACAUUUCCAAUUCUAAUUUUUUAAAACAGAACAAAUUAGAAUUGGAAGCAUGAAUGAAAUUAUAAUUAAACUCCACAUUAAAACACUAUUUUCAAAUAAUUACUCAAUUCUCAUUAUGCAUUUCAAACAUUAUACUGGUCAUUUUUUUUUUUUUUUUUUUUUGAGUAUAGACAGAAUACAUUUAUGCAGCUGAUGUAUGAUCUGAUAUAGCAUAGGAGAAGCCAUUGCUUUGUUUUGUCUGGAAUUAGAAUUGGGAAUGUAUUAAUCUCUUGGUGGCAUCAUUUUUGAUAACUCGAUUUGAAUUUGUAACCAGUCAUACUCGUUUAUUGAGAUAUUUUAUAAAAUCGAUUACCAACAAAAUUGUGCAAUGUUGUAUGCAUCAAAUUGCUUUGCAAAUGCUUUCUUACAUAAUUUUAUGGGUACAUGUCAAAAUUGCAAUAAAUUAUUGUGAUGGAUUCGCUGUUGACUUGGCGAAACAAAAUGAUAUCUUCGUUUCACUUUGUUUCGUAACAUUUAGUGAAUGAAUUUAUUCUCAUAUUUGGUAACUUUUUGUGAUGCAUUCAACAAAACCGUCCCCUAAUUGAGUAUGUGCUUGAACAUUAAUUUGUAUUUUAAAAUUGUGUAUAAAAUUUUGUAUUUCCUUGUUGUUUGUUUAAUGAUAUAUAUUAUAAAAAUGUAAAAUUGCUUAUCUGUUUAUCAUAAUUCCAUAUUUUAUGCAUACUGUAAACUAUACGCCAUUAAAAAAUUAUGCAAAUCAAGGAAAAAAAACAUAUAUUGCAUUCUGUUCUCAAAAAUCUGUUUUGCUAUUGAUAAAUAGAAAUUAAUUUUAGUAAAAUGGACUUUGGAAAAAGUUGAAAAUUGUUGAUUAGAGUUUUUGCAAAAACUGUUUUAUAUUUGAAAUUUUAAUGAGGAUACAUAUGAUUUUUUUAAUAUUCAAGAACAAUGAAAAUUGAUAAAAACUCUUAUAUUAUCCGAUAAGCCUUCAGUUUACGAUGCUGGCGCCCAAUUGUUCAGUAAAUAUUACAAAUAUGAGCUUUGCAAAAUAUAAUUAAGGAGAAGGAAGAUUCUAUUUUGUUGCUGCUUUUUGUUUUGUUGUAAAUUGAAUCGGCGAGAGGGAUUGUACAAGUCUGAAGUCUGCCUUUUUGAGUUUUUUUUUAAUGAAUUGGUUUGGUAAAUAUAGUUAAAGCAUUAAUUGUUCAAGUUUGAUAAAUGUAGUUUGUCAUAAGAGAAAUCUAUUGAAACCUUCUAACUUUCUUUCAGUGAUUAUAGGAAUGUUUUAAAUUUCAAUGAGUAUUGAAGAAAAAUAACUCUCAAAACUUAGAAUUUGAUUAUAUGAAUUGAAUAAAAUUGAGUUUCAAACUAGCGUUGUAAUUUUCUCCAAUUCAAAUAAAUUAACUUAUCACAAGAAAAAAUGAAGUUAUAGCUUAAGUGUGUGAACUUUCAGCUGCCUCAGUCUUUUUUCUAGAUUGUUGAUUGAUUUCAGUCUAAAUAACAUAUACAGUUUGGAAAUGCCGAUCAAAGUAGUACAAGAAUGCAUCCCGAAAACAUUGCAAUACAAAUAGUGAAAAAAGAAUUUCUACAGGCAUUGAGUUCAGAAAAUGGAUCUGAGAUUUCUUUUGGAUAAUUUCUCUUAAGAAAUUUCUAUGAUGAAAAUAUAUCCUGCCUGGAAACUGGCUAAAAUAUCCUUAUAAGUGUGUGUAACAAAUUUUUAUAAAUAUAUAUAUAAAUCAGUUACCUGUUGCAAGAACAAUUAGCAUGAUUUAAAAUAUUAUAUUAUGAAAUGUGAGUGAAUGAGGUGUAAAGAAGUGACUAAUAAAGAACGGCCGAUUUAUAUGUAGGUCUUUUCCAUAGUGUUUAUAACUUAGUUAAUAAAUCUGGCGAUUGUACAUAGCCUUUUUUAUGUGUUUUAUUGGAGAUGAAAAAAUAAUAUCAAACUAAUCUUGUGAAAUCCUAGUAAAUUUGUAUUGAUGCCGCAUUUAUAUUCAUUAGGCAAUUGUGCAAUACUUUGUUAUGCCUUUUAUUUCCAAGAUAAAUUACAUCUUUUGAAAUAUGUAUACUUUGUUUUUUUUCAUCUUAAAGAAAAUUUGUAAGAAAUCAAUUUAACUCUUUGGGGCUAGAUGGUUAAAAACUUCCAAUUUUUGCUUAGCUUUUUAUGCAUAUUGGGGUAUAUUUUAACCAGCAUCGAAAAGUUGAAGUUGCUCAUAGUCAAACAGCCUAAUAUGUUGUUUAAUGUUUUUUAUUCUGUAGGCAAGGAUAUGCAUCAAUGGUAAAUGUGUAAAUAAGUGUAGAAAAUUAUAUAAAUAAAACGCCUCGCUAAGUUAUUUGUGCUGCUGGGAUUAAGACAUUGUGUGAUGCAGUGAAUUUUUAUCGUUAAUAAUAGUAUGUGUUGUUUUAUUACAAGUGAGUAAAUUGUUUUAUAAUAAAAAAAACGUGUUAUUUGAUGUUUUAUACUCAUUUUGAAGUUACGAAAUGAUGAUGGAAUUAUAUAUAUUCCACCCUGUAAAAUAGACUUAUUGAAAUGUUAUGUUUUUUUCUGAUUUUGAGUAAUAUUUUAUGUUAAAUAAUCGAAAUGAAUAUUGUUUUCCUCAUUUUUUUAUAAUAAGAAAAUUCUGUGGGACUAGGAAUUUUAUUUUAUUUAAAAAUCGUGUGCCUCAAAGAAGUAAAGAUAAUGCAUUUGUUAAGUGCAUAGAAAUUUUAUUAUUGUUGUCAUAUAAUAGUUUGCAAAUGUUUAAUAUACGUUAAGACACAUUAAGACAAUAUUAAGACUCUCGAAUAAAAUUUUGUGCUUAGAAGUUAACAUUUUAUGAGUGUUGACACUGAUUUUUUAUUAAAAAAUAUUAUUUUUUGUCUGUUUUUUGAAAUCAUUUACAAAAAUUAAUUCUAACUUAUUUCCACUUUUAUGUUUUCAAACAUUUUUAAAAAAUUUUGAUUGCAUUUGAUUUGUUUUUGUGCUAUGAAAGAAUUUGCCAUUUUAUUUCCUGAAAGAACCCUAAAAGAUUUAUAUAUUAUCUGAAUUGUAUAUCUUAUGCAAAUUUUCUAAUAUAAUGACAUGAUUUUUUUUUCUUUUUACCUCAUUUCUAUUACCAAAUCUCUGUAACAAUCAUUAAAAGCAUACUAAUGUUUUAAAUAAAUUUUCAUAGAUUUUAGUUACAAAUAAAGUAUGCAACAAAUUUCUUCAGGAAUUUAGUAUGGAGAAAUAUAUAUAUAUUGCUGUUUUCUAAAAAUAAACUGUAUCAUCUAAAGAUGCUUAUUUCGUGUUAAGUCUUAUUUUGAAAUGCCAUCUGUGGAAACAAAAGUAGAAUAAUUUUCAUGAUUAUUUCUCCACAUAAAAUUGCUUUUAUACAAAAUAUUUUAAUGCAUAACUAAACAAGGCCUGCUAAUUUAAAAAAUAAAUCAAAAUGCCGUAACUAUAUAUUUUUAGUCAUGUAUAUAAAAAUUUAUGCAUUCCAUUUAUUUGCUUUGUUUUUGCUCAUUGAUAGUGGUUGCAAUUCUUUUAAAUCUAGCAUUAUUUUCACGACUGAAAAUACAGUAUAUUAAUGUCAGUUAGGUGUUCAUUAGAUGUAUGUUCAGUUUUUCUAACUAUUAGAUAAAACUAACUGUAAAAUCAAUGAAUAGAUAAAUAUAUCCAUUAAAGUAUCAUAUAUAUCCUCAAUCGAUACAACUUCAUGUAACUGAGUUAUAAUUAUAUUUUUGCAUUAAAGAUGUAAAUUCCUAUAUGCAAUGGAAUGUCUCAAUACUUUUUAUUUCUUCUCGUGAAGUUCAUACUUUCAUCAUCUAACUAUCUUAGUUUAAUAAUGAAAUUGAUGAGUAUAUCCUUUGCAAACUUUUUAAAUUCCUGCUAUUAAAGGAGAAAAAAAAAUCCAAAUUUUAUAAUGUUUCAGCAUAUUUUAACUUUUCUCCUCUUAUUAAUGUCUAUGCCUUUAUUUGUCAGUUACUAUUUUAUAUUUUAAGUGAAAUUUAAAUGUAGAUGUUAAAAUUAAGGCAUUUAUUGCAUGUGUGUUAUUAGAUUGUGUAAAUUUCUUGCUACUAGUCAUUAAUGUGUCAAGUGUGCAUCAGUGUGAUUGAUUUUCAGUAUUUUUUUCAUUUUGAAGGUAUUAAAUCAUUUUGACGUAUGUGCCGUAUUCUUAUCAAUGGUGUCUGAACAAUUUUAUCUUUUCAGAGUGGAUGUUUACCCUGAAUUUACCGGUCAUUUUGCUUCUUUUAAAUGCAGGGUGAUUUUAUUUAAAUGGUUGAUUUUAUAAUUUUUAUUCAUUAAAAAUAAAACCACAUUUAAUUUUUAUGUUAUGACAUUCUAUUUUUGACGCGUGCUUUGCAUUGCAGAGUAACAUAAAUGAAAGUAUUUUAAGAAUUUCCUUUAUUAAACCUACAAGGAUGAAUGAUUAGCUAAUUCCUAUUUUGUUUGUUAUCUUUUUUGAAAUGUCUAUCGAGAAAUUGUAUGAUAAUAUUUCCAAGUACUCUAGAGUUUAAAGUUCUUACUCAGAAAAUUUACGAGUUGAAAUUAGGUUUAAACUAUUUAAAAAGUUUUAUGUAAUAUGGAAGCACUUUAAAAAUAUUCUGUCAAAUUUUGAUUGGAAUUAUAUUAAUUGCUGUAGGAAUUAUUACUAUAGCAUGCAAUUUUCAAAUAAUCAAGUACGUAAAUUGCCUUACUGAUGAUGGAAAUUUUCACACGAACUUUUUCGAAAUUGUGCUUAAAUUCUUUUAAUAUUUUUUCUGUUCGACUUUUAUAAAUGUCCUCAAUCAUUUCGCAUGCGUUUGAAGUCAGAUAUCUUUAAAGAUUUAAAAGCCAUGCAUAAGAAGCUCCGAGGACCGAGGAGAUCACAGGAUAUAGCCUAUGGAAGAAAUUACCCAAUUAGAGGAAAAUAGCCCGAGCAAUUUUAUAAUAAAUUUUUGUCAUAUGAGCUGUGGUUCACUAUUGCUGAAACCAUAUCUAUCACAUAACUCAUCGUAAAAUUUCUGAUUUGAAAAAAAAGUUUCAAAUAUCUUAUUCUUAUAAGCUGAAUUAACGGUAUCUUUUGGAAGAAUGGGACAAAAGUCUCUCACUUUCCAUAUUAGUGUAGUUACCUCUAUUGCAAUUUGCAGAAGAUUUCUAUUUCCAAUAGCCACAAUUUCGUUUGACCAAAUCUGAUCUUUAUGUUAUUAAACCUGAACUAAUUUGAAGCUACGGUUCUUUUUAAUGAAUUAAUUUUAAAAAAAAUGGGCUUUAUCUCUCUUCACAUUUUUCACUUCUUUGAAGAAAUGCAUCACAAGUAGAUACUUGUUUCGCUAUAGACCAAACUGGCAUGAUAGAUGGUUGCCUUAAUACCCCUUUCCGUUCUCCUGUUGACUGAGUAAUAAAUGUUCCAAAAACAUGUAUUUCUCAUGAAUCACUCUGUAAAUAGAUUAGCUGUCUUAUUGACAAUAAUUUAUCAUUGUAUCAAUUUAGUCGAUACGUGACAAAAAUAAAUAUUCAAAAUUUAUUUUUGUGGAAGCUUUUAUUUUAAUUACCUGUAAUAAAAUAUGAAGAUUUUCGACAGUUUUUACUAAUAUGGAAAGAAGAGAGAUUUUUUUAAAAAUGUAAGAUACUAAUUCUAGGCACUUGUAUCCCAUCUUUAACUAUUAUUAUUUUUUAAUGUAUUUAGUUAUUCAUAUCGUAUUUGUAUCAAAUUUAUUGUGCGAGAGACAGAUAUUUUUGAUAUGUCAAACAAUAUUGAUUGUAACUUUUAGAAUUAAUUUUAUUUUUGCUUAAAAACAAUAAAUAAUAUCGUUCCAUUUUAUCAAAAAAAAAAAACAUUCCAGUCUUGAAUUUAAUACUUACAAUUAAGGUAUAUUUUGUAAAAGGUAGGCAAAUGUUUGUUUUAAAUAAUAUAGAUUCCAUUUACAUGACUUGUAUUCACAUUUGACUGUGAUUAUCAUGUAUUGUUCGUUACAAUAAAGAACUUUUUUCCA